ACACGAGAGGCAGCAAGCUACCUGCGUUGAUGGCCGGCUCGACAGUCGCCAGAUCGUAGUUGAUUCCUAAUAGAAAUCGAUAUGGGCGAAAGAUAGCUCUCGCGCUAGUAGGUUCCCAAAACCGGAGGUGCGGAAAGUUACAAGGGCCGGCGCGGGAGGCGCUUGAGCGCCGCGUACCAACAAGGAAGAAUUUCCUAAAUCUAAUCUUAAGAGUAAAAACAAUGAAGAAAUAGGAAAUCGCCGCUCCGGCGUCCGCGAUGGAUUAUCAAACCAGGGGCGGACUCCCUUUAAAUCCAAUCCCGUCCCGCCUCUUCUUCACCUUCCGCAAUCCCUUUCGAUGGGGCAACGCGCAAGGCGAAAGAGGGCUCGCCGUCGCCCUGCUCCCCCUCGUCCUGCUCCUGCUGCUUCUCCCCCUCCUCCCCCUGGGACGCCGUACGCCGACAUUUGCCGCUGGCUGGGACAGAGUGGGGUAAUCUUGGUGCUCUUUGAGACGCCCUCUGGAUUUGCAGUCUUGCAUUAUGAUGGGGUCAAACUUUUUCGUCGAAACGCCUUGGAGGAUAUCUGGUCAGAAUUCAUCGACAUGCCCUGGGCACGAAUGGCUGUUAGUUUUAAAGAAUUUCAAAUUUUCGAGGACAAGGCCAGGGCCAUUAAUAGUGAUGGUGUUUGUUCGGAGCUUGCUGAGAUGAUCAAGAGGUCGCUCUGGCCUGGUCAGAAACUUGCUGUUGGAAAGCAGGAAUAUAAAGACAUCAUUGAAGCUAGUUUGGGAAUUCACUGCCUGUUUGAUGAAGCCGUGCUGGAAGUAAUGUGGGGCUUGAAGAAUCUCAUCAAGAUGUUAGUGCCUGAUGAAAAAUUGGAACUGACUAAUGAGGACCGCCUCCAGAUCAGAUGAGGAAUGAAAUCGGUCCUGGAUCGUCAUGGCGUUGAGGUCGAUGCCAACUUGGUUAAUUCUGAAGAGGAAAAUGUAACUGGCGAUCCUGAAGAGGAUAAUGUAACUGGCGAUCCUGAAGAGGAUAAUGUAACUGGCGGUCCUGAAGAGAUGCUGUCAAAGACCGAGGUAGAAAAAUUGCUGGCUGAUGCAGAUCGCUAUGAAGAUAAGCUCGAUAAGCGGACUUGCUUGGACAUGUACCAAACAAUUGUGUGGGGCUAUGGAAUUAGGCUUCAGGCACUAGAACAGUUGGGUUCCAUGGUCAAGGAGGCAAAAAAAGGUUUGAAGCUGCACCAGGGGCCCAUGGUCAAGGAGGCAGAACAAGAAUUGAAGCUGCAACCUGAGGGGGUACAUGGUCAAGUAGGCAAAAGAAAAUUUGAAGCUGCACCAGGGGUGUUGGAUGCAGCAGAUGGAUUGAGACAGAAAACAAAAAUUUAGACAAACCAACGUCUUGUUUGGUGAUUUAAAGUGCAAGGAGGCAAUUUGGUAU